AUGGUAAAGGUCAAAAUAGAUUCUAUAUAAAUAAAAGGUAUUUGAAACUGUUAUUGAUACAAAUAAAAUGUAAUAAAAUUUUAUUGGUCACAUGUGCCGAAUAUAACAGGUGUUGACCUUGAAAUCAUUACUUACAAGCCCGUAACCAACAAUGCAGUUAAGAAAAAUAAGAGUUAAGAAAAUAUUGACUAAAUAAACUAAAGUUUUAAAAAAGUAACAAAAUAAAAUAACAAUAACGAGGCUAUAUACAGGGGGUACCGAGUCAAUGUGCAGGGGUACAGGUUAGUCGAGGUAAUUGAGGUAAAAUGUACAUCAUGUCAAUGUGUUAAUGUCAGAAAUCUAAAUACACUAUAUUCAUUGGUGCUUUAAUAAUGGUAUACUUGUUGCUGUUCAUCAAGUCUGUCUAUCCUUUAUCUGAUGUUCACUGAUCUGAUGUCCUAGGGACAUCCAGGACCUCGUGCACAACAAGGGCCCAAGGGAUCCAAAGGAGAUCAAGUAAGGAUGUCAAACAUUAUCACCAUAUUUGUUGCACACACCUAAACAUUGCAUAGUCUUUGUGUUUGGGUGUGUCUGUGAGUGAAAAUCUGAAUGUAUGCCUGUGUGCUGUCGUCUUUCUGCCACGUAAAGUUUGGCGUGUUGAUCUGCUUUUCAUUUCUCUUAUGUCCAGAAGAUCAGUUCAAAUCUAAACAUGUAGCCGUGUUUAUUGUUCUAUCUGUCAACAUGUUACUUACUGAACUGUGCAGAUAGUGCACAUUUAUCCACAUAUGACCCUGACUCUUAACUAUACACAACUCAUACCGGGGCAUUAGCCAUUCUCAUGCCAUUUUGACAGGGCCUUUCGCCAUUUCUAUGUGAAUUUAGUAUUGUUUGUUUUUUUCAGUUUUUCUCUCUUUCUCUCUCUCGCUCUCUCUUUCAUUCUCUGUUUAGGGUCAGAAAGGCAAACCGGGUCAGAGAGGAGAAUCUGGAAGCAGAGGAUCGCUGGUAAGGAGUAGAUUUCUCUCUGGUCCUGUCUCUAGUCCAUGGCUGAUUAUGUUAUCAGCAUUUUGUUUAGGCUACAUUUCAGUCUUCAUAUAUUUACAUUUACAAUUACGUCAUUUAGCAGACGCUCUUAUCCAGAGCGACUUACAAAUUGGUGCAUUCACCUUAUAGCCAGUGGGAUAACCACUUUACAAUGUGUUUUUAUUUUUUUGUUUUUUGUUUUUAUAUUUUUUAUUAUUAUUAUUAUUAUUAUUAUUAUUAUUAUUAUUUAUUUAUUUUUUGGGGGGGGGGUGGUUUGGGGUAAGGGAGGGGUAGAAGGAUUACUUUAUCCUAUCCCAGGUAUUCCUUAAAGAGGUGGGGUUUCAAAUGUCUCCGGAAGGUGGUGAGUGACUCCGCUGUCCUGGCGUCGUGAGGGAGCUUGUUCCACCAUUGGGGUGCCAGAGCAGCGAACAGUUUUGACUGGGCUGAGCGGGAACUAUGCUUCCGCAGAGGAAGGGGAGCCAGCAGGCCAGAGGUGGAUGAACGCAAUGCCCUCGUUUGGGUGUAGGGACUGAUCAGAGCCUGAAGGUACGGAGGUGCCGUUCCCCUCACAGCUCCAUAGGCAAGCACCAUGGUCUUGUAACAGAUGCGAGCUUCAACUGGAAGCCAGUGGAGUGUGCGGAGGAGGGGGGUGACGUGAGAGAACUUGGGAAGGUUGAACACCAGACGGGCUGCGGCAUUCUGGAUGAGUUGUAGGGGUUUAAUGGCACAGGCAGGGAGCCCAGCCAACAGCGAGUUGCAGUAAUCCAGACGGGAGAUGACAAGUGCCUGGAUUAGGACCUGUGCCGCUUCCUGUGUAAGGCAGGGUCGUACUCUCUGAAUGUUGUAGAGCAUGAACCUACAGGAUCGGGUCACCGCCUUGAUGUUAGCGGAGAACGACAGGGUGUUGUCCAGGGUCACGCCAAGGCUCUUCGCACUCUGGGAGGAGGACACAACGGAGUUGUCAACCGUGAUGGCGAGAUCAUGGAACAGGCAGUCCUUCCCCGGGAGGAAGAGCAGCUCCGUCUUGCCAAGGUUCAGCUUGAGGUGGUGAUCCAUCAUCCAUACUGAUAUGUCUGCCAGACAUGCAGAGAUGUGAUUCGCCACCUGGUUAUCAGAAGGGGGAAAGGAGAAGAUUAGUUGUGUGUCGUCAGCGUAGCAAUGACAGGAGAGGCCAUGUGAGGAUAUGACAGAGCCAAGUGACUUGGUGUAUAGCGAGAAUAGGAGAGGGCCUAGAACUGAGCCCUGGGGGACACCAGUGGUGAGAGCACAUGGUGCGGAGACAACUUCUCGCCACGCCACUUGGUAGGAGCGACCGGUCAGGUAGGACGCAAUCCAAGAGUGAGCCGCGCCGGAGAUGCCCAGCUCGGAGAGGGUGGAGAGGAGGAUCUGAUGGAUGAUAUAUCACAGCAUGCUGUAUUUCGGCUAAUGGUUGGACAUGACCUCAUGUUUUCUAAAGGUUUUCAUGGCUGAUCUUCAAAACUUGAGUGGAACAAAAACAGCAUAGACAGAACUGUCAUAGACUAUCAUAGAGAGAAACGGGUUUGUUUGCUAAAGUUCAAAUCAGAGUUUGGUUGUGCAUCUCACCUUGAUUUCAAUUGCACUGUUUGUCAGACAUCACUUAUGUAGCAUCAUAUUUUUUAAAACCAACUUAUGAGCGGGUUUUAGAAGAUAUAAAUCAUAAUGUAUCAAGGAAUAUAAGCAACAUUCUUUACACAUUAGCAUAUUAUUAUACAACAUUAACUUAAUACACCAUUUGACAAUUAUUUAGCCUAAGCCUACUUUGACAUAGGCCUAAUGCAAAAACAAUUUUAAAAGACUUGCACCCUACAAAGGCCUAGAUUCAAUCAGUUCAGCGUUAACCCGUGAUAACCGACACCUGCAUAGCAGAUCAUUGUUUUUAUUUAGGCAGUAUAUCAGAGGUGUAAAUGCGUUGGAGCUGUCAAAUUGGUGAGUGGCUGCUCUUGUGGUCAUUGCCACUAAGCCACAACCAACUCGCGUUAGAAGUUCAGAACAAGAAAGUGUAAGGUAUAUAGAAAUAAUUACACUCAAAUUUAAAAUCAUUAAACAAAAACAUUUGGAUUUCUAUCAGCCUAAUUGAGGUGUAGAUUACAUCUCACAUUCCUGUGUUCGAACUUGUAGACAAGGCUGUAUGGGAAUUCUACUAAUGCGACUCUGUGCAGCCAAUGGCAAUGUCCGCUUUAGGUAUAAUGCCGAGAUGUGGGUUUGACAGCUAUAAUGCAGUUCUGGCAAGCGUGUGUUGGCUAGUGGGAAUCUGAUUGAAUCUAGCCCUUAGUCUUAUACUCAGCUGUGCCAUACCAUUCAAUUUUGGUGACAGAUUUUCUAGAUAAUCGUGUUUUCUAAAGGUUUUCAUGGCUGAUCUUCAAAACCUGAGUGGAACAAAAACAGCAUAGACAGAACUGUCAUAGAGAGAAACUGGUUUGUUUGCUAAAGUUCAAAUCAGAGUUUAGUUGUGCAUCUCACCUUGAUUUCAAUUGCACUGUUUGUCAGACGUCACUUACAGUGGGGAGAACAAGUAUUUGAUACACUGCCGAUUUUGCAGGUUUUCCUACUUACAAAGCAUGUAGAGGUCUGUAAUUUUUUAUCAUAGGUACACUUCAACUGUGAGAGACGGAAUCUAAAACAAAAAUCCAGAAAAUCACAUUGUAUGAUUUUUAAGUAAUUAAUUUGAAUUUUAUUGCAUGACAUAAGUAUUUGAUCACCUACCAAUCAGUAAGAAUUCCGUCUCUCACAGACCUGUUAGUUUUUCUUUAAGAAGCCCUCCUGUUCUCCACUCAUUACCUGUAUUAACUGCACCUGUUUGAACUCGUUACCUGUAUAAAAGACACCUGUCCACACACUCAAUCAAACAGACUCCAACCUCUCCACAAUGGCCAAGACCAGAGAGAUGUGUAAGGACAUCAGGGAUACAAUUGUAGACCUGCACAAGGCUGGGAUGGGCUACAGGACAAUAGGCAAGCAGCUUGGUGAGAAGGCAACAACUGUUGGCGCAAUUAUUAGAAAAUGGAAGAAGUUCAAGAUGACGGUCAAUCACCCUCGGUCUGGGGCUCCAUGCAAGAUCUCACCUCGUGGGGCAUCAAUGAUCAUGAGGAAGGUGAGGGAUCAGCCCAGAACUACACGGCAGGACCUAGUCAAUGACCUGAAGAGAGCUGGGACCACAGUCUCAAAGAAAACCAUUAGUAACACACUACGCCGUCAUGGAUUAAAAUCCUGUAGCGCAUGCAAGGUCCCCCUGCUCAAGCCAGCGCAUGUCCAGGCCCAUCUGAAGUUUGCCAAUGACCAUCUGGAUGAUCCAGAGGAGGAAUGGGAGAAGGUCAUGUGGUCUGAUGAGACAAAAAUAGAGCUUUUUGGUCUAAACUCCACUCGCCGUGUUUGGAGGAAGAAGAAGGAUGAGUACAACCCCAAGAACACCAUCCCAACCGUGAAGCAUGGAGGUGGAAACAUCAUUCUUUGGGGAUGCUUUUCUGCAAAGGGGACAGGACAACUGUACCGUAUUGAGGGGAGGAUGGAUGGGGCCAUGUAUCGCGAGAUCUUGGCCAACAACCUCCUUCCCUCAGUAAGAGCAUUGAAGAUGGGUCGUGGCUGGGUCUUCCAGCAUGACAACGACCCGAAACACACAGCCAGGGCAACUAAGGAGUGGCUCCAUAAGAAGCAUCUCAAGGUCCUGGAGUGGCCUAGCCAGUCUCCAGACCUGAACUCAAUAGAAAAUCUUUGGAGGGAGCUAAAAGUCUGUAUUGCCCAGCGACAGCCCCGAAACCUGAAGAAUCUGGAGAAGGUCUGUAUGGAGGAGUGGGCCAAAAUCCCUGCUGCAGUGUGUGCAAACCUGGUCAAGACCUACAGGAAACGUAUGAUCUCUGUAAUUGCAAACAAAGGUUUCUGUACCAAAUAUUAAGUUCUGCUUUUCUGAUGUAUCAAAUACUUAUGUCAUGCAAUAAAAUGCAAAUUAAUUACAUAAAAAUCAUACAAUGUGAUUUUCUGGAUUUUUGUUUUAGAUUCCGUCUCUCACAGUUGAAGUGUACCUAUGAUAAAAAUUACAGACCUCUACAUGCUUUGUAAGUAGGAAAACCUGCAAAAUCGGCAGUGUAUCAAAUACUUGUUCUCCCCACUGUAUGUAGCAUCAGCUGAGGGGUUUCAUUCCUAAACGCUAUGUCCACCAUUUUUUCACAUUUGUGUUUUUUCAUCAGAAAUGAAUGCUUAGGAGUCCUUUAUGUGGGUGUAAAAUUGUCCUGUUCUCAGAUUUUUCAUUAAUAGUUUUUAGAUAUAUAUAUCACAACCACACAACUACUAUAUACAUUUACAUUUACAUUUUAGUCAUUUAGCAGACGCUCUUAUCCAGAGCGACUUAUAUCCAUUGAUUAGCUGGAAUGGAACAUUCGUAUCCUGUAUAUUUUGCAAACUGAUCUUAUGUUACUGUAUUGAUACAUUUUUUAAAUAUUUCUUUGUAUCAGAUGUAUCAUUUGUACAGUUCUUUAUUAAAAAUGAAAUUAUUUUUCACAUUUGACUGUGUAAAACCUUGCAGUGCUGUACUAAACCUGGUUACAUUGAUAGUCAGCCAUAUUAAUUAUAAGAUUCCUGUGAUAUGUGAGAAAGAUACAACACCAGCUCACACCAAAAACUUGACAGGGAAUACUCACACAUUUGGUGCUGAUGGCUCGUCCUUUUUCUUUAUCCUUCUUCCUUCUUUUGUCUUUCUUCUUCCUCAGGGUGUGGUUGGUCUCCAUGGCCCGAGAGGCGUGGUGGGGCGAGAGGGGCUGGAGGGCGUGCCAGGUGUAGACGGAGUCUCAGGGAAGGACGGGUCCAAAGGCAUGCCAGUGAGUAGAGCAUGUGGAGAGAGAGUGCCUUACCACUUGUGGAAAUUUUGGUAAGGGCAGCACAUUAUAAAUAUACAACAAUUCACGAAAUUCAAAUUCGUAGGUGUCUAUGGUAAAGCAAUGUGCUAGUCAUGAUUAAGAAGACUGUACCUAACUUAGAACCAAUUAUAACAAUGCACUGUAAUAAAGCAAUGUUAUACCGUGUAGUAAAGCAAAAUUACACAUUCAUAUUGCCAAAGAAAAAUGGUUGAACAAUUCACCAAGACACAAGAAAAACAUUUGGGAACAUUUAUGAGAAUUUGUAAGUAAUUAGACAACUAUUAACUUAAUUAACUAGUUGAAUCAUGAUGGCCGAAAUAAAUAAUACGAACUAGAUGGUAACUUUACAAGUAAAGUUGUGGGGGUCUUUAAAAGUAUUUUUGUGGUAGUGGAAGACGUUUAAAAAGUUGUACUUUAAUUAUACUAUUUGAAUAGUGAAAUAAUUUCAAAUGGCCAUCGAUAGUCAGUUGUGGUCAGUAGUUUUGGACAGUAGUUGCUGUCAGUAGUAGUGGUCAGUAGUUGUGUGGUUGUGGUCAGUAGUUGUGUGGUCAGUAGUUGUGUGGUUGUGGUCAGUAGUUGUGUGGUCAGUAGUUGAGUGGUUCAGUAGUUGUGGUCAGUAGUUGUGUGGUUGUGGUCAGUAGUUGUGUGGUCAGUAGUUGUGUGGUUGUGGUCAGUAGGUGUGUGGUCAGUAGUUGGGUGGUUGUGGUUAGUAUUUGUGGUCAGUAGUUGUGGUUAGUAUUUGUGUGGUUGUGGUCAGUAGGUUAGGUCAGUAGUUGUGGUCAGUAGUUGUGUGGUCAGUAGUUGUGGUCAUUAGUUUUGUCUUUGUGAUCAGUAGUUGUGGUCAGUAGUUGGGUGGUUGUGGUUAGCAUUUGUGGUCAGUAGUUGUGGUUAGUAGUUGUGUGGUUGUGGUCAUUAGGUUAGGUCAGUAGUUGUGGUCAGUAGUUGUGUGGUCAGUAGUUGUGGUCAUUAGUUUUGUCUUUGUGAUCAGUAGUUGUGGUCAGUAGUUGUGGUCAGUAGUGGUCAGUAGUUUUAGUAAGACGGUUGUGUGGUUCAGUAGUUGUGUGGUUGUGGUCAGUAGUUGUGUAGUUCAGUAGUUGUGGCCAGUAGUUGUGUGGUUGUGAUCAGUAGUUGUAGUUAGUAGUUGUGGUCAGUAGUCGUCAGUCAUUUUGUGGUCAGUAGUUGUGGUUCAGUAGUUCUGAGCAGUAGUUGUGUGGGCAGUAGUUGUGUGGUUGUAUGGUUAUGGUCAGUAGUUGUGGUCAGUAGUUGUAUGGUCAGCUGUUGUGGUCAGUAGUUGACUUUUUCAGUAGUUGUGUGGUCAACAGUUGUGGUGUUGUGUGGUCAGUAGUUUUGUUCAGUGGUUGUGGUCAGUAGUUGUGUGGUCAGUUGUUGUGUGCUCAAUAGUUAUGUGGUUGUGGUCAGUAGUUGUGUGGUUCAGUAGUUUUGUGGUCACUAUUUGUGUGGUUGUGGUCAGUAGUCGUGUGGUUGUGGUUAAUAGUUGUAGUCAGUAGUUGUAUGGUCAGCUGUUGUGGUCAGUAGUUGACUUUUUCAGUAGUUGUGUGGUCAACAGUUGUGGUGUUGUGUGGUCAGUAGUUUUGUUCAGUGGUUGUGGUCAGUAGUUGUGUGGUCAGUUGUUGUGUGCUCAAUAGUUAUGUGGUUGUGGUCAGUAGUUGUGUGGUUCAGUAGUUUUGUGGUCACUAUUUGUGUGGUUGUGGUCAGUAGUCGUGUGGUUGUGUGUCACGAUCGUCGUUACAGGAAGCGGACCAAAGCGCAGCGUGUUGCACGAACAUGAUGCUUUAUUUAAUUAAAGCGAAACACGAAACAACAAAACAAAUAACGAUUCGUGAAGUCCACAGUGACAAUGACUGACUAGGAACAAAAACCCACAAAACACAAAGUGAAACACAGACAGUUAAAUAUGGCUCCCAAUCAGAGACAACCAGCACACAGCUGACACUCGUUGCCUCUGAUUGGGAGUCAUUCAUUCAAACAUAGAAAUGAACCCAACAGAAAUACCAACAUAGAAAUACACCCAAUGAAUGAACACACCCUGGCUCAACAUAAUGAGUCCCAGAACCAGGGUGUGACAGUACCCCCCCCUAAAGGCGCGGACUGCGACCGCGCCUCAAUAAGAGCUAAACAGGGGAGGGCUGGGUGGGCAUACCUCCUCGGCGGCGGUUCUGGCUCCGGCCUUGCCCACCACCCUCCAAUCAACCCCCCAUAGCGCCCCUGGUCCGGUCUGACCCCGCUGGCUGGAUCUGGACUGGACAUUGACGGAGCGGAUUGCUUACGCUCCGUUGUGGAGCAGCUGACCGGUCUUACCAGGCUGACGACUCGCACCCCUGGCUUGGUGCGAGUGGCAGGAACGGGCUGGACCAGGCUGACGACUCGCACCCCUGGCUUGGUGCGAGUGGCAGGAACGGGCUGGACCAGGCUGACGACGCACACCGUAGGCUUGGUGCGUGGAGCAGGGACAGGCCGGGCUGGGCUGUCGACGCACACCGUAGGCUUGGUGCGUGGAGCAGGGACAGGCCGGACAGGACUGUCGACGCACACCGUAGGCUUGGUGCGUGGAGCAGGGACAGGCCGGGCUGGGCUGGCGACGCACACCGUAGGUUUGGUGCGUGGAGCAGGAACAGGCCGGGCUGGGCUGGCGACGCACACCGUAGGCUUGGUGCGUGGAGCAGGAACAGGCCGGGCAGGGCUGUCGACGCACACUGUAGGCUUGGUGCGUGGAGCAGGGACAGGCCGGGCUGGGCUGGCGAUGCACACCGUAGGUUUGGUGCGUGGAGCAGGGACAGGCCGGGCUGGGCUGGCGACGCACACCGUAGGCUUGGUGCGUGGAGCAGGAACAGGCCGGGCAGGGCUGUCGACGCACACCGUAGGCUUGGUGCGCGGAGCAGGGACAGGCCGGGCAGGGCUGGCGACGCACACCGUAGGUUUGAUGCGUGGAGCAGGGACAGGCCGGGCUGGGCUGGCGACGCACACCGUAGGUUUGAUGCGUGGAGCAGGGACAGGCCGGGCUGGGCUGGCGACGCACACCGUAGGUUUGGUGCGUGGAGCAGGGACAGGCCGGGCUGGGCUGGCGACGCACACCGUAGGCUUGGUGCGUGGAGCAGGAACAGGCCGGGCAGGGCUGUCGACGCACACCGUAGGUUUGGUGCGUGGAGCAGGGACAGGCCGGACCGUACUGGGAACACACACCACUGGCUUUAAAUGGGGAUCAGGAACGGGCCGGACCGGACUGGCAAUACACCUCAGUCCCUCUCGCCGUGCCUCUACGACUUCCUUCCCUCCUCUCGCCAAUGGCUCCCGUAACCCGGUGGCCUUCUCUCCUCUUCUCCUAUUUCGCCCUGUGGCAGCCUCCUGCUGCCCAGUGGCCCAUGCCGUGUGCCCCCCCCUAAAAAAUUCUUGGGGGUGCCUCUCGUCCGUCCGACGAUGGCACUGCUGAUGCCGCUGCUCCUCUCUCGCCAGGGCCUUGAUCCUACCCCAAGGUCCCUUGCCCCCGAGCAUGUCCUCCCAGGACCACACUUUGCCCACCUGGGCCAUCGCCAGCCUCUCCAUCUCCUUUCCUGGCGCUUCCUCCCAUGACCAGGCUGCCUGCUCCUGGACACGCUGCUUGGUCGUUGUAUGGUGGGUUUUUCUGUCACGAUCGUCUAGUAGCGAAGUAGACCAAGGCGCAGCGUGUGAAAUAAACAUGACUUUAUUUAAUUAAAGUUUCUAACUACAAACAAAACACGAUUCGUGAAGUCCACAGUGACAAUGACUGACUAGGAACAAAAACCCACAAAACACAAAGUGAAACACAGACAGUUAAAUAUGGCUCCCAAUCAGAGACAACCAGCACACAGCUGACACUCGUUGCCUCUGAUUGGGAGUCAUUCAUUCAAACAUAGAAAUGAACCCAACAGAAAUACCAACAUAGAAAUACACCCAAUGAAUGAACACACCCUGGCUCAACAUAAUGAGUCCCAGAACCAGGGUGUGACAUUGUGGUUAGUAGUUGUGGUCAGGAGUUGUGUUCAGUAGUUGUGUGGUUGUGGUCAGUAGUUGUGUGGUUCAGUAGUUGUGUGGUUGUGGUCAGUAGUUGUCUUUUUCAGUAGUUGUGUGGUCAAUAGUUGUGUUGUUGUGGUCAGUAGUUGUGUGGUUGUGGUUAGUAGUUGUGGUCAGGAGUUGUGUUCAGUAGUUGUGUGGUUGUGGUCAGUAGUUGUGUGGUCAGUUGUUGUGUGGCUGUGGUCAGUAGUUGUCUUUGACAGUAGUUGUGUGUCAAUAGUUGUGUGGUUGUGGUCAGUAGUUGUGUGGUUAGUAGUCUUGUGUUCACUAUUUGUGUGGUUGUGGUCAGUAGUUGUGUGGUUCAGUAGUUGUGUGGUUCAGUAGUUGUGUGGUCAGUAGGUGUGGUCAUUAGUUGUAUGGUUAUGGUCAGUAGUUGUGGUCAGUAGUUGUGUGGUCAGCUGUUGUGGUCAGUAGUUGACUUUUUCAGUAGUUGUGUGGUCAACAGUUGUGGUGUUGUGUGGUCAGUAGUUUUGUUCAGUGGUUGUGGUCAGUAGUUGUGUGGUCAUGUGGUUGUGGUCAGUAGUUGUGUGGUUCAGUAGUUUUGUGGUCACUAUUUGUAUGGCUGUGGUCAGUAGUCAUGUGGUUGUGGUUAGUAGUUGUGGUCAGGAGUUGUGUUCAGUAGUUGUGUGGUUGUGGUCAGUAGUUGUGUGGUUCAGUAGUUGUGUGGUUGUGGUCAGUAGUUGUCUUUUUCAGUAGUUAUGUGGUCAAUAGUUGUGUUGUUGUGGUCAGUAGUUGUGUGGUUGUGGUUAGUAGUUGUGGUCAGGAGUUGUGUUCAGUAGUUGUGUGGUUGUGGUCAGUAGUUGUGUGGUCAGUUGUUGUGUGGUUGUGGUCAGUAGUUGUCUUUUUCAGUAGUUGCCUGGUCAAUAGUAGUGUUAAUGGGGUCAGUAGUUGUGUGGUCAGUAGUUUUGUUCAGUGGUUGUGGUCAGUAUUUGUGUGGUCAGUUGUUGUGUGGCUGUGGUCAGUAGUUGUCUUUGUCAGUAGUUGUGUGUCAAUAGUUGUGUGGUUGUGGUCAGUAGUUGUGUGGUUAGUAGUCUUCUGGUCACUAUUUGUGUGGUUGUGGUCAGUAGUUGUGUGGUUGUGGUCAGGAGUUGUGGUCAGUAGUUGUGGUCAGUAGUUGUGGUAAUUGUGUUGUGGUCAGUAGUUGUGUGGUCAGUAGUUGUGGUCAGUAGUUGUGGUCAGUAGUUAUGGUCAGUAGGUGUGGUCAGUAGUUGUGUUGUGGUCAGUAGUUGUGGACAGGAGUUGUGUAGUCAGUAGCUGUGUAGUUGUUGUCAGUAGUUGUGUGGUUGUGGUCAGUAAUUGUGGUCAGUAGUUGUGGUCUGUAGUUGUGUUGUAGUGAGUAGUUGUGGUUGUGGUCAGUAGUUAUCUUUUUCAGUAAUUGCUAGGUCAAUAGUUGUGUGGAUGUGUUGUCUGUAGUUUUGUUCAGUGGUUGUGGUCAGUAGUUGUUUGGUCAGUUGUUGUGUGGUUGUAGUCAGUACUUGUCUUUGUCAGUAGUUGUGUGGUCAAUAGUUGUGUGUUUGUGGUCAGUAGUUGUGUUGUAGUGAGUAGUUGUGGUUGUGGUCAGUAGUUAUCUUUUUCAGUAAUUGCGAGGUCAAUAGUUGUGUGGUUGUGUUGUCUGUAGUUAUGUGGUUAUGGUCAGUAGUUGUGGUCAGGAGUUUUGUUCAGUGGUUGUGGUCAGAUGAUGUGUGGUUCAGUGGUUGUGGUGAGUAGUUGUCUUUUUCAGUAGUUGUGGAGUCAAUAGUUGUGUUGUGUGGUCAGUAGUUUUGUUCAGUGGUUGUGGUCAGUAGUUGUUUGGUCAGUUGAUGUGUGGUGGUGGUCAGUACUUGUCUUUGUCAGUAGUUGUGUGGUCAAUAGUUGUGUGUUUGUGGUCAGUAGUUGUGUUGUUCAGUAGUUGUGUGGUCACUAUUUGCGUGGUUGUGGUCAGUAGUUGUGUGGUUCUUCUCAGUAGUUGAGGUCAAGAGUUAUGUGGUUGUGGUUAGGAGUUGUGGUCAGGAGUUGUAGUCAGUAGUUGUGGUGUGGUCAGUAGUUGUGGUCAGUAGUUGUGUGGUUAGUAGCUGUGUGGUUGUGGUCAGUAGUUCUGGGGUUGUGGUCUGUUGUAGUGAUGUUGUAGUGAGUAGUUGUUGUCAGUAGUUGUGUGGUCAGUUGUUGUUUGGUUGUGGCCAGUAGUUGUCUUUUUCAGUAGUUGUAGUAGCUGGCAUGUAUAGUGUUGAGUCAUAUGCAUACAUAGACAUACUGGCUUUACUCAAGGCCAAUGGCAUGUCGUUAGUAAAUAUUGAAAAAAGUAAGGGGCCUAGACAGCUGCCCUGGGGAAUUCCUGAUUCUACCUGGAUUAUGUUGGAGAGACUUCCAUUAAAGAACACCCUCUGUGUUAGACAGGUAACUCUUUCUCCACAAUAUAGGAGGGGGUGUAAAGCCAUAACAAAUAUGUUUUUCCAUCAGCAGACUAUGAUGGAUAAUGUCAAAAGCUGCACUGAAGUCUAAUAAAACAGCUCCCACAAUCUUUUUAUUAUCAAUUUCUCUCAACCAAUCAUCAGUAAUUUGUGUAAGUGCUUAUUGAAUGUCCUUCCCUACACUUACCUAUAAACAAUUUCAAAGAUUUUGUUGAGUUACAGUUCAUAUAAGGAAAUCAGUCAAUUUGUAUAAAUUCAUUAGUCCCUAAUCUAUGGAUUUCACAUGACUGGGCAAGGGCGCAGCUAGGGAUGGGCCUGGGAUGGCAUAGGCCCACCAACUUGGGAGCCAGGCCAACCCACUGGGAAGCCAGGCCCAGCCAAUCAGAAUGAGUUUUUCCACACAAAAGGGCUUUAUUACAGACAGAAAUACCCCUCUGCACCCCCCUUAUUGUGCAUAUGGAUCAUUUCUGGGAUCUUUUAUUUCAGCUCAUGAAACAUGGGACCAGCACUUUACAUGUUGCGUUUAUAUUUUUGUUCAGUGUACUUUUGCUUCCCUCCAGGCCUGAGGGCACACACUUUCUAGUAGGCUUAGAUUGACGAUAUCGCAUAUAAGAGUGGCAAUAUCGUCCGCUAUUAUCCUCAGUAAUAUUCCAUCCAAGUUGUCAGACUACGGUGCCUUGUCAGACGAGCUAAAUGCCUUUUAUGCUCGCUUUGAGGCUCCCCAGUGGGUGCGCCUGGCUCCCAAGUGGGUGGGUUUAUGCCCUCCCAGGCCCACCCAUGGCUGCACCCCUACCCAGUCAUGUGAAAUCCAUAGAUUAGGGAAUAAUGAAUUUAUUUGAAUUGACUGAUUUCCUUAUAUGAACUGACUCAGUCAAAUUGUUGAAGUUGUUUCAUGUUGCGUUUAUAUUUUUGUUCAGUAUAGAAAGUUGAUGGGUUACUAAAACAGAUUUAUCUACUGAUUGGUGACACUAUUCCUAUUAUUUUCUGAUUUGAAAAGCAGGGAAGGCGAGGAAGAUUUCAUACGCUCUAAGUUUUUGUCUGACAUGUUGGGGGAGUGGUCAAAAACGGCAGUUGUUUGGAAAAAGUUGGGACAAAAUGUGUUAACACAGUUACUAAAACAGCUGUAUCAUUAGAGCCAUAGUGGAUAUUUUGGUUCCGUAGCCAGAUUUGAAUAGCAGAGAAGUAGACGAAGAUGUCAGACCCUCUAACUUUUUGUCGAACUUGUUGGGGAAGUGGUCAAAACAUCCAAAAAGUUACAGAAGAUGUUGUUGAUGCGGUUACCAAAACAGCUGUAUUGUUAGAUCCGUAUCGGAUAUUUCUGUUAUUAUUUCAAAUUUGAAUAGCAGACAAGUAGACCAAGAUGUCAUACCCUCUAACUUUUUGUCUAAGUUAUUAGAAAAGUGGUCAAAGUAGCUGAUUUGUGUCAAAAGUUGUAUUAUAAACUGGGUGGUUCGAGCCCUGAAUGCUGAUUGGCUGACAGCCAUGGUAUAUCAGACCGCAUACCAUGCGUAUGACAAAACAUGUAUUUUUACUGCUCUAAUUACAUUGGUAAACAGUUUAUAAUAGCAAUAAGGCACCUCGGGGGUUUGUGAUAUAUGGCCAAUAUACCACGGCUAAGGGCUGUGUCCAGGCAAUCCGCGUUGCGUCAUGCAUAAGAACAGCCAUUAGCUGUGCUAUAUUGGCCAUAUACCACACCUCCUCGGACCUUAUUGCUUAAUUGUUGCAUUAUCAGUGAAUGGAAGUUGGAAGUGAUGAUGUCACAAUGGGGAGCUUUAGAAUGUUGAGGAACUGCCAUGAAAAUAAGGACAAAAAAAAGUAUAAAAAUAUAUCAAAAAGUUAUAUACAAGCAACUCAAGCGAGACCAUUCUCCACGUUUUAAAGUUUGAACGGCAUUUCUAGCUUAAACGGUGUAAGAGGAGUAGCGUGCUAAAGAAUAAUAAUAAGAAGAAGCAGUAUGUCGAAGAUGGAAGCUGGGGCUCCUGCUUCGCAUUCUCCACAAUAAGAAUACCCAAUGAAUAAUAAUGAUAAACAGGACAAUACAGUACAAAAAAUAUACUCUCUCUCUCUCUGUAGGGCGAGCAUGGUGACGAUGGUGAGUUCGGUCUCCCUGGCAUAGCUGGUUACCGUGGAAAAGUGGGCGGGCCGGGACUGCCGGGCGAUCAGGGAACCUUCGGACCAAAGGUAAGAGAGAUGGAAAUGGUGUAUUUGAGUGUAUGGAGGAAGGGUUUUCAUCACGGUGUAAACAUAGGCUAAGGAUAAGUGAAUGACAAUUCCAAUUCAAUAAUUGUAAAAUGGUCAUUAAAUCCUUUUCGAUUCAUCCCCUGAAUUAAAAUGUAAUUAAGCCCAACUUAAAGAAUGUCUUGAUUCUAGAAACAUUACUGGAACGUUAUUGUUGAGUAAUAGGCACCUACUCCAUACUACUAUUCUUCAUGUCAGUUGGCUCUAUGUGAUUUCUUCCCCCAGGGUGAAAGGGGCCUCCAAGGCCAGGCAGGACCCUCGGGGAAGAGAGGCUUUAAGGGUGGGAUGGGACUGCCAGGGCCACAGGGGGACCAGGGGCCCAAAGGACAACCUGUAAGUUUCAGCCACCUCACAACAGUUAUAUAGAUCAAUAUUGACAUUGAUGAUACUGGUAAUGCUCACAUAGCAUGGUUCCUGUAAUAGGUUUCUUCUCUUUUCUGAUGUAGGUCUAUUGAUGGAUGUUGUUGCCCCCCAUUGUUGGGGCCACAUCUUAACUGGUGUUUUUGCUCUGUUUCAGGGCGAUACAGGAGAACCAGGUUUUCCAGGAAUACUGGGAGUUUUUGGACCAACGGUGGGUUCAUACACACAUGCACAUGUCAGGCAGCUGAGGGGUAUAUGUAAUGUAGCCGAACUACACCACCUAUGUGUGGUUAUGAGCCCUAGGAACACAGAUAAGUUAGAAUAAGACAGGGGUCUUUUCUUGGCAGGGACAGCAGUGAAACAAUUACCAAGGAGGAGAUCGAGACUGGAGUAGAAUACAAAUACUUAUUUUAUUCCAGAAAUGCACCAAUAAAAAAGUCCUUAAUAAUGUUCAGGAAAAAAGUUGAGUUAGCAAAAAACAGUGUCCUUCCACCGCCAGUAGAUGGCGACCUCGUACCACACAGUCCAGUUCAGAUCUUAAAAUAGCUAGGUGGGACAACCACAUAAAGUGAGCUCCAAAAGUAUUGGGACAGUGACACGUUUCGUUGCUUUGGCUCUGUACUCCAGCACUUAGGAUUUGAAAUGAUACAAUGAUUGACGUUAAAGUGCAGACUGUCAUCUUUAAUUUGAGGGUAUUUUCAUCCAGAUCUGGUGAACCAUUUAGAAAUUACAGCACUUUUUGUACAUAGUCCCCCCAUUUUAGGAGACCAAAAGUAUUGGGACAAAUUCACUUAUAUGCGUAUUAAAGUAGUUAGAAGUUUAGUAUUAGGUUCAAUAUUCCAGAUUAUUUUGUGCCCAAUAGAAAUUAAUGGUAAAUAAUGUAUUGUGUCAUUUUUGAGUCACCUGUAUUGUAAAUAAGAAGAUAAUAUGUUUCUAAACACUUCUACGUUAAUGUGGAUGCUACCAUGAUUACGGAUAGUCCUGAAUGAAUCGUGAAUAAUGAUGAGACAGAAAGUUACAGAUGCACAAAUAUCAUACCCCCAAGACAUGCUAACCUCUCACCAUUACAAUAACAGGAGAAGUUAGCAUUUGGGGUGGGGGGAGUGGUAUGAUAUUUAUGCCUCUGUAACUUUCUCACUCAUCAUUAUUGAUGAUUCAUUCAGGGUUGUUCAUAAUCAUGGUAGCAUCCACAUUUUGACAGGGAGUCAAUGCUGAGACCAAGGUCUCUUUUCCAGAUGAGCCCUGUAUAGCACCACACAUCAAAAUACAAUAAACACAAUACAAUACACGCUAUUACACACAAAAAUAUACGAAAAGCAAAACACAAUCAUAAAGAACAUACACAUUCUUCAGUAAAACGGUCCCCUAACAACCGUCUGAAAUGCCCUAGAGGCACCAAUUCCUCCAAUUUGAAAGUGUAAUGUAGAUCAUUCCACACAUGAGGUGUAAGGAAAUUAAAGGCUAAUUUACCUAACUCUCUAGACUCUGAAUGAGUCUCCAGAGUUAACCAACCCUGUGAACAGGUUUGAGAACUUGUUAGGUAAGUCGGAGGUUUGUGGAGCAGGGCUUUGAAAGCAAAAAGAGCGUAAUUAUGUGAUUUAUGUGACGCCAACCUUUUGGUAAAGAAAACAGUGAUGAGUAAUAAAACUGUCUCGUGAUAAAACGAAAGGCACUAUAAAAAAUGAAUCCAAGGGUUUAAGAGUAGAGGCAGCUGCACUUUAAUAAAUAGUAUCACCAUAAUCAAGAACAGGUAGAAAGGUUGACUGCACAAUCUGCUUCCUGCUGACUAGAGAGAGACAAGAUCUGUUUCUGUAAAAAAAAAGCCAGCUUUAAAUCUUAUUUUUUUAACAAGCUCAGUCGUAUGUUUUUUAAACGAUAAAUCAUUAUCAACCCAAAUACCAAGAUAUUUCUAUGCAGGGACUCGUUCGAUUAUAGAACAUUCCGAUGAGUAAAUAUGCAAUCCAACUGAUAUAGUCUUACAAGAACUUGAGACAACAUGUAUUUAGUUUUGCCCAUAUUAAAUACGAAUUUAAAUCAGUAAGGGCUUCCUGCACAACUGCAAAAUCGGAAUGUAGCCUUGUCACAGCCAGUUCAGCAGUCGGGGCAAUUGUGUACAUCCACAUACAGUGAGGGAAAUAAGUAUUUGAUCCCCUGCUGAUUUUGUACGUUUGCCCACUGACAAAGAAAUUAUCAGUCUAUCAUUUUAAUGGUAGGUUUAUUUGAACAGUGAGAGACAGCAUAACAACAAAAAAAUCCAGAAAAACUAAUGUCAAAAAUGUUAUAAAUUGAUUUGCAUUUUAAUGAGGGAAAUAAGUAUUUGACCCCCUCUCAAUCAGAAAGAUGUCUGGCUCCCAGGUGUCUUUUAUACAGGUAACGAGCUGAGAUUAGGAGCACACUCUUAAAAGGAGUGCUCCUAAUCUCAGCUUGUUACCUGUAUAAAAAACACCUGUCCACAGAAGCAAUCAAUCAAUCAGAUUCCAAACUCUCCACCAUGGCCAAGACCAAAGAGCUCUCCAAGGAUGUCAGGGACAAGAUUGUAGACCUACACAAGGCUGGAAUGGGCUACAAGACCAGCUUGGUGAGAAGGUGACAACAGUUGGUGCGAUUAUUCGCAAAUGGAAGAAACACAAAAGAACUGUCAAUCUCCCUCGGCCUGGGGCUCCAUGCAAGAUCUCACCUCGUGGAGUUGCAAUGAUCAUGAGAACGGUGAGGAAUCAGCCCAGAACUACACAGGACGAUCUUGUCAAUUAUCUCAAGGCAGCUGGGACCAUAGUCACCAAGAAAACAAUUGGUAACACACUACGCCGUGAAGGACUGAAAUCCUGCAGCGCCCGCAAGGUCCCCCUGCUCAAGAAAGCACAUAUACAGGCCAGUCUGAAGUUUGCCAAUGAACAUCUGAAUGAUUCAGAGGAGAACUGGGUGAAUGUGUUGUGGUCAGAUGAGACCAAAAUCGAGCUCUUUGGCAUCAACUCAACUCGCCGUGUUUGGAGGAGGAGGAAUGCUGCCUAUGACCCCAAGAACACCAUCCCCACCGUCAAACAUGGAGGUGGAACCAUUAUGCUUUUGACAGGUCCACAAACAAAGCAGAUCAUUUCAUUUUAGUGUCUAAAGCAUUGACAAGAUAAUUAACAACUAAGUGCUUGCUCUAAUAGUGCUAUGCCCAGGCCUAAACCCUGAUUGGUUUACAUUCAAAAUACAUUUCUCAGAUAAAAAAUUGCAAAGUUGUAAAUUUACCAAGGUUUCAAGAAUCUUAGCUAGACAAGGAAGCCUUGAAAUGGGGCGAUAGUUAUUAAGAUCAUGACUAUACUUUGAAUGGGGGGGUAAUAAAUGUGUUGCACAUGAAGUUAUACUGAUUGUGUAAAUGUUUGUAAUUUAUGUUUCCAGGGGCCUCCAGGUGACUUGGGACCAAAGGGCAUACAGGGACCAAAAGGACCACAGGGCACAAUGGUAAGUAGAGGCCUUUUGUAGACUAGUAAUUUCCGGCAUGCUAUCUCUACCAAACCUGGGUUCAAGUAGUAUUUGUUUUCUUUCAAAUACUUUGAGGUUCAGUUUCCCGGACACAGAUCAAGCCUAGUCCUGGAUGAAAAAGCACUCUGGAGGUAGGGUUUUUGAGGUUGCUUUUUAGUAUACGACCAGGCUUAAUCUGUGUCUGGGAAACCUCCAUGAGUGUUCGAUUUAGCCUGCCUUAAGUGCCAGAUGGCUGGGUUAGCACUUUUGGGACUAUUCCAUGAUUGGUUCAGUGAUUGCACACACAGGAGAAGGCUUUGUCUGAAACAUCUGUGUGAAAAAGUAUUUCCCUUGCUGCUGCUAGAGAAAAUACACUAAAAUAGCAGUGCCCCUGUGGCAACAAGCUUGGACCCCCUUGUGGCCCACCUAAAUACGUCAGAAAUAAUUAUCACAUAAUUAAUUUUUGCGAUCAUGUUCUUUUUUUCUUUCUUUUUUUUACAUCCGUUAUUAGACAGUGGCAAAGAGGCACACUAAAGUAACCCAACACAUUUUCUAGUGGGACUCCUGUAGGCGGAACACAACAGUAUCGUACCACAUUUUUUCUAUUCAGAAGUUGAAAGAAAUUCGGCGCGAAUAAUAUCGUUCAAGCGAGAAGAAGGAAAUAAAGAGAGGUGAGCAAAAAAAUUUAUAUAUUGUAUUUGUAACAUUUGUUAACUAUUAAAUGCAUGACAGAAGUGUAACGUUAGAUCAGCUAAUGUUAACCUGGCCGUUUGUUACUUUCUUUGUGAAUUAAUUAAUGGAUUGGCUUGAAUCCUGGGCUAUGUAUUAAUUUGCAUUGUUUUUGGUUUAGUUUUGUAGCUAAUUCUAACAGUCAGGCAUCGAAAAUGUAUGGCAAUAUGAAAAAGGAUAUAAUAUUUGAUCAAAAAUGCAUGGUGCUGAGUGCUUUUACUUAAACCACACUCAGUAAACGCAUUAUAACGUUAAAAGGUUAGACAUGAAAGCUAGCUACCUAGCAAGUCAGUUAUUUUCAGUAAAUUAUUUAAUAAGCUUGGUCCCCAUUGCUUUUGCUCUAUAGUUCUCACCAAAAUGAAGAGAAAAAAGGAUAUCAUGUCCUUCUUCCAAAGAAAAGACAAGGCAGAAAGUCAGACAGAGCCAGAGGGUUCAGGUGUGGAGAGAGCAGAGAGCCUGUAGAGAGAGAGCAGGAAGACUUGUCCAUUGGAGAGACUGAGAGUGAAGGCAUAGUAGAGCAGGAAAGUGAGACAGAUGGAGAGACAGAGGCUGAGGGGGACGUAGAGGCUGAGAGUGAGAAACCAAGAGAGGAGCCAUGUUCGUCCACAAGCAGUGGACCAUCAGGUUUGUGAUGUUGAAUACAUCUGUGGUUACUUGUAAAGCAGUGCAAUUAGUCAGUUUAUAUGGUGUAUAGAAAUGUGUCAGUUUAUGAUUGAAGUGAAUGAUCUCAUUUAACAUGCUAUUGGGCUUGUGAUAUAGAUAUCAGAUGGAUUUCAGAAGUUGUCUGAUGGCUAUGGUAUGUGUCUAAAAUUACCCAAAUAGAUACUUUUAAUUAUAGUUUUUUUUUCUUCGACAGAUAUCAGCAAAUCCCGGGAGGACCCACCGGUGCAGCCAGUGAUGAACAUGUACCCAAGAACUGAUGGGGGACAGGAGGAGGAGCUUCAAGGCGGCCUGGUACCACAUCCACCCCUGGCUUGAAUAUUCGAAAAAAUCUGACUCUGUGUUUUGUUACGCCUGCAGACAUUUUAGCCCUCCCAAAGUCUGAGACUGUAUUUGAUUCAAAAUUGGGUUUUAACAACUGGAAGAAGGCAACUUACAAAGAGGGGGGAUUUGCAAUUCAUGCAAGGUCUGAGUGGCACAAACAAGCAAUGAUUACAUGGAGAGACUAUCAGAAAGCUGUAAAAAGUAAUGCAACACUGGUAAAUGCCCUAAACAAGGAACACAACAAACAGGUUCAAGAAAAUCGGGACUAUAUUAAAACAAUAGGAGAAGUACUACUACUUACAGCCACACAAAACAUUGCACAAAGAGGACACGAUGAGUCUGCAGAGUCUGAUAAUAAAGGGAACUUCAUGGCAAUUCUAGAAACAAUAGCUAAGCAUGACACAACUGUGAAAAAAAAAAAAAAGGUUGACUUCCAUUCAUAAUACACAAGCAAACGGAUUCAGAAUGAGGUUCUGAGUUGUUUGGCAGACAUGGUUCGAACAAAAACUAUAGAAGAAGUGAAAGACAGUGAGGUCUUUAGCAUAAUGGCAGACGAAACAAAAGAUGUAAAAAAAAAAAAAAGGAUCAGAUAUCUCUAGUACUCAGGUACUAUUUCAGUGGAGCUGUCCACAAGAGCUUUCUCCACUUUGAAUCAGCUGAUCGACUAGAUGGAGCAGGGCUUACUGACAAAAUCAUACACAUACAGUGAGCGAAAAAAGUAUUUGAUCCCCUGCUGAUUUUGUACGUUAGCCCACUGACAAAGACAUGAUCAGUCUAUCAUUUUGAUGGUAGGUUUAUUUGAACAGUGAGAGACAGAAUAACAACAAAAAAAUCCAGAAAAACUCAUUUCAAAAAUUUUAUAAAUUGAUUUGCAUUUUAAUGAGGGAAAUAAGUAUUUGACCCUUCUGCAAAACAUGACAUAGUACUUGGUGGCAAAACCCUUGUUGGCAAUCACAGAGGUCAGACGUUUCUUGUAGUUGGCCACCAGGUUUGCACACAUCUCAGGAGGGAUUUUGUUCCACUCCUCUUUGCAGAUCUUCUCCAAGUCAUUAUGGUUUCGAGGCUGAUGUUUAGCAAUUCGAACCUUCAACUCCCUCCACAGAUUUUCUAUGGGAUUAAGGUCUGGAGACUGGCUAGGCCACUCCAGCACCUUAAUGUGCUUCUUCUUGAGCCACUCCUUUGUUGCCUUGGCCAUGUGUUUUGGGUCAUUGUCAUGCUGGAAUUCUCAUCCACGACCCAUUUUCAAUGCCCUGGCUGAGGGAAGGAGGUUCUUACCCAAGAUUUGACGGUACAUGGCCCUGUCCAUCAUCCCUGUGAUGCGGUGAAGUUGUCCUGUCCCCUUAGCAGAAAAACACCCCCAAAGCAUAAUGUACCCACCUCCAUGUUUGACGGUGGGGAUGGUGUUCUUGGGGUCAUAGGCAGCAUUCCUCCUCCUCCAAACACGGCGAGUUGAGUUGAUGCCAAAGAGCUCGAUUUUGGUCUCAUCUGACCACAACACUUUCACCCAGUUCUCCUCUGAAUCAUUCAGAUGUUCAUUGGCAAACUUCAGACGGCCCUGUAUAUGUGCUUUCUUGAGCAGGGGGACCUUGCGGGCGCUGCAGGAUUUCAGUCCUUCACGGCGUAGUGUGUUACCAAUUGUUUUCUUGGUGACUAUGGUCCCAGCUGCCUUGAGAUCAUUGACAAGAUCCUCCCGUGUAGUUCUGGGCUGAUUCCUCACCGUUCUCAUGAUCAUUGCAACUCCACGGGGUGAGAUCUUGCAUGGAGCCCCAGGCCGAGGGAGAUUGACAGUUAUUUUGUGUUUCUUCCAUUUGCGAAUAAUCGCACCAACUGUUGUCACCUUCUCACCAAGCUGCUUGGCGAUGGUCUUGUAGCCCAUUCCAGCCUUGUGUAGCUCUACAAUCUUGUCCCUGACAUCCUUGGAGAGCUCUUUGGUCUUGGCCAUGGUGGAGAGUUUGGAAUCUGAUUGAUUGAUUGCUUCUGUGGACAGGUGUCUUUUAUACAGGUAACAAGCUGAGAUUAGGAGCACUCCCAUUAAGAGUGUGCUCCUAAUCUCAGCUCGUUACCUGUAUAAAAGACACCUGGGAGCCAGAAAUCUUUCUGAUUGAGAGGGGGUCAAAUACUUAUUUCCCUCAUUAAAAUGCAAAUCAAUUUAUAACAUUUUUGACAUGCAUUUUUCUGGAUUUUUUUGUUGUCAUUCUGUCUCUCACUGUUCAAAUAAACCUACCAUUAAAAUUAUAGACUGAUAAUUUCUUUGUCAGUGGGCAAACGUACAAAAUCAGCAGGGGAUCAAAUACCUUUUUCCCUCACUGUAUUAGAAAGUCAUGGUCUUGAAUACAAAAACAAAAACAACCUAGUAGGCCAAGCAUAUGACGGUGCUUCAGUUAUGAGUGGCAAGCAUUCAGGCGUCCAAGCACGCAUUAAAGAACAAGCAAAGCAUGCCUUUUACAUCCACUGCAGUGCACACUGUCUAAACUUAGUGGAUACAGUCAAAGCUGUCCCUGAGGUAGGACAGUUCUUCUCGUUACUAGAAAGACUAUGUCUUCACAUCUGGGUCAUAUGUGCAUCAAAAAUGGCUUAGCGUACAAAGAGAGAUGUACCCAGGUGCACCUAGAGAGCUUCAGAGACUAAGUGACACUCGCUGGGCAUGUCGAUAUGGUUCUACAUACUAUUAUGGAUAGAUUGCCUGCCGUUAAGCGAGUCCUGCAAGACAUAGUCCAAGAACACAACGGUGACAGAUCUGUUGAGGCACGAGGUCUGCUUGCACAGAUAGAUUUACAAUUCAUUGUGUGCCUUGUUACACUACAUAACGUUUUUGGAGAAGCAACAUUUCUAUCAGAUAUGCUACAGUCUUCAUCACUUGACCUGUCAAAGGCUGUUGAUUUAGUUGAAGCCUUAGUUCAAACUUUGAAUGACUACAGGGAUGAGUCAUUUUUUGAUGACCUAUGGAAUGAAGUGUUAAACACAGGUGAGCAAAGUGAUACUGCAAUACAGCCCCCUGCAAAAGGACCAAAAAAGCUAAGCUCUCAAUUUAAUGGAGACUGUGUACUCAGUACAGUAGGUCAGAGGUCAGAUUCAGAAAAAGAUAAAGACGCUUUCUUUGAGCUCUUUAAACUGUGCAAAAUAGCUGUUUCAAUCCCUGUUAGUACCGCUUCUUGUGAACAGAGUUUUUCUGCACUAAAGCUGGUGAAAACGUAUCUUAGGUCCACAAUGUCAGAUGAGAGAUUAAGCAAUUUAGGUGUAUUAAGUAUUGAAUGCACCAAUUUGUAAGUCGCUCUGGAUAAGAGCGUCUGCUAAAUGACUUAAAUGUAAAGUCAAGGAGGGCAAAGGCCUUGAAUCUAGAUGAAUUUGCUGAUCUUUUUAGCAAGAAACCACAAAAAACGUAGAAUACAGUUGAUGUAACUAAAAGUGAAUAUGUAAUGCAAAUGUAAAAAUGUAAUGUAAAUGCAAAUAAUAAAUUGUUGAAUGAUUAUAAACAUGUUAUUUUGCCUAUUAAUGCCUGCAAUGCAGUGAAGAAAACAACAUGACAACAAUAAUGUCUAAUGUAACUGGCCCCUCUAACAGUACAACUGGCCCCAGUUGAAAUGGUCUAGAACCGCCACUGGUACCUUCGUCUCUUUUGAAAGAAAAAUAAGCUAUUUGAACCCAGGUCGAGGCCAGUAUGCAUAAAAGAUCUUAAAAUAUUUUUAAGAAUACUCUAAAAUAGUGCUACACAUUUUUACCAAAGAGUAGUUUUUUUUGUUGUUGUUUUUUUCCCACCUUUAUUUAACAAGGUAAGCUAGUUGAGAACAAGUUCUCAUUUACAACUGCGACCUAGCCAAGAUAAAGCAAAGCAGUGCGAUAAAAACAACAACAACACAGAGUUACAUAUGGAAUAAACAAAAACGUACAGUCAAUAACACAAUAGAAAAUAGAAAAUCUAUAUACAAGGUGUGCAAAUGUAGUAAGUUAUGGAGGUAAGGCAAUAAAUAGGCCAUAGUGCAAAAUAAUUACAAUUUAGUAUUAACACUGGAGUGAUAGAUGUGCAGAAGAUGAUGUGCAAAUAGAGAAACUGUGGUGCAAAUGAGCAAAAUAAGUAACAAUGUAAAUAACAAUAUGGGGAUGAGGUAGUUGGGUGGGCUGAUUACAGAUGGGCUGUGUACAGGUACAGUGAUCGGUAAGCUGCUCUGACAACUGAUGCUUAAAGUUAAUGAGGGAGAUAAGUGUCUCCAGCUUCAGAGAUUUUUGUAGUUCGUUCCAGUCAUUUGCAGCAGAGAACUGGAAGGAAUGGCGGCCAAAGGAGGUGUUGGCUUUGGGGAUGACCAGUGAGAUAUACCUGCUGGAGUGCGUACUACGGGUGGGUGUUGCUAUGGUGACCAAUGAUCUAAGAUAAGGUGGGGAUUUGACUAGAAGUGAUUUAUAGAUGACCUGGAGCCAGUGGGUUUGGCGACGAGUAUGUAGUGAGGGCCAGCCAACGAGAGCGUACAGGUCACAAUGAUGGGUAGUAUACAGUGAGGGAAAAAAGUAUUUGAUCCCCUGCUGAUUUUGUACGUUUGCCCACUGACAAAUAAAUUAUCAGUCUAUAAUUUUAAUGAUAGGUUUAUUUGAACAGUGAGAGACAGAAUAACAACAACAAAAAAUCCAGAAAAACGCAUGUCAAAAAUGUUAUAAAUUGAUUUGCAUUUUAAUGAGGGAAAUAAGUAUUUGACACCCUCUCAAUCAGAAAGAUUUCUGGCUCCCAGGUGUCUUUUAUGCAGGUAACGAGCUGAGAUUAGGAGCACACUCUUAAAGGGAGUGCUCCUAAUCUCAGCUUGUUACCUGUAUAAAAGACACCUGUCCACAGAAGCAAUCAAUCAAUCAGAUUCCAAACUCUCCACCAUGGCCAAGACCAAAGAGCUCUCCAAGGAUGUCAGGGACAAGAUUGUAGACCUACACAAGGCUGGAAUGGGCUACAAGACCAUCGCCAAGCAGCUUGGUGAGAAGGUGACAACAGUUGGUGCGAUUAUUCACAAAUGGAAGAAACACAAAAGAACUGUCAAUCUCCCUCGGCCUGGGGCUCCAUGCAAGAUCUCACCUCGUGGAGUUGCAAUGAACAUGAGAACGGUGAGGAAUCAACCCAGAACUACACGGGAGGAUCUUGUCAAUGAUCUCAAGGCAGCUGGGACCAUAGUCACCAAGAAAACAAUUGGAAACACACUACGCUGUGAAGGACUGAAAUCCUGCAGCGCCCGCAAGGUCCCUCUGCUCAAGAAAGCACAUAUACAUGCCCGUCUGAAGUUUGCCAAUGAACAUCUGAAUGAUUCAGAGGAGAACUGGGUGAAAGUGUUGUGGUCAGAUGAGACCAAAAUCGAGCUCUUUGGCAUCAACUCAACUCGCCGUGUUUGGAGGAGGAGGAAUGCUGCCUAUGACCCCAAGAACACCAUCCCCACCGUCAAACAUGGAGGUGGAACCAUUAUGCUUUGGGGGUGCUUUUCUGCUAAGGGGACAGGACAACUUCACUGCAUCAAAGGGACAAUGGACGGGGCCAUAUACCAUCAAAUCUUGGGUGAGAACCUCCUUCCCUCAGCCAGGGCAUUGAAAAUGGGUCGUGGAUGGGUAUUCCAUCAUGACAAUGACCCAAAACACAUGGCCAAGGCAACAAAGGAGUGGCUCAAAAAGAAGCACAUUAAGGUCCUGGAGUUGCCUAGCCAGUCUCCAGACCUUAAUCCCAUAGAAAAUCUGUGGAGGGAGCUGAAGGUUCGAGUUGCCAAACGUCAGCCUCGAAACCUUAAUGACUUGGAGAAGAUCUGCAAAGAGGAGUGGGACAAAAUCCCUCCUGAGAUGUGUGCAAACCUGGUGGCCAACUACAAGAAACAUCUGACCUCUGUGAUUGCCAACAAGGGUUUUGCCACCAAGUACUAAGUAAUGUUUUGCAGAGGGGUCAAAUACUUAUUUCCCUCAUUAAAAUGCAAAUCAAUUUAUAACAUUUUGACAUGCAUUUUUCUGGAUUGUUUUGUUGUUAUUCUGUCUCUCACUGUUGAAAUAAACCUACCAUUAAAAUGAUAGACUGAUCAUGUCUUUGUCAGUGGGCAAACGUACAAAAUCAGCAGGGGAUCAAAUACUUUUUUCCCCUCACUGCAUGGGGCUUUGGUGACAAAACGGAAGGCACUGUGAUAGACUACAUCCAAUUUGCUGAGUUGAGUGUUGGAAGCUAUUUUGUAAAUGACAUCGCCGAAGUCAAGGAUCGGUAAGAUAGUCAGUUUUACGAGGGCAUGUUUAGCAGCAUGAGUGAAGGAGGCUUUUUUUGUGAAACAGGAAGCCGAUUUUAAAUUUAACUUUGGAUUGGAGAUGCUUAAUGUGAGUCUGGAAGGAGAGUUUACGGUCUAACCAGACACCUAGGUAUUUGUAGUUGUCCACAUAUUCUAAGUCAGUCCCGCCGAAAGUAGUGAUUCUAGUCGGGCGGGCGGGUGCAAGCAGCGUUCGAUUGAAGAGCAUGCAUUUAGUUUUACUAGCGUUUAAGAGCAGUUGGAGGAGUGUUGUAUGGCAUUGAAGCUCGUUUGAAGGUUUGUUAACAGUGUCCAAUGAAGGGCCAGAUGUAUACAAAAUUGUGUUGUCUGCGUAGAGGUGGAUCUGAGAGUCACCAGUAGCAAGAGCGACAUCAUUGAUAUACACAGAGAAUAGAGUCGGCCCGAGAAUUGAACCCUGUGGCACCUCCAUAGAGACUGCCAGAGGUCCAGACAACAGGCCCUCCGAUUUGACACAUUGAACUCUAUCUGAAAAGUAGUUGGUGAACCAGGCGAGGCAGUCAGUUGAGAAACCAAGGCUAUUUAGUCUGCCAAUAAGAAUGCAGUGAUUGACAGAGUCAAAAGCCUUGGCCAGGUCGAUGCAGACGGCUGCACAGUACUGUCUUUUAUCAAUCGCGGUUAUUAUAUCGUUUAGGACCUUGAGCGUGGCUGAUGUGCACCCAUGACCAGCUCGUAAAAACCAGAUUGCAUAGCGGAGAAGGUACAGUGGGAUUCGAAGUGGUCGGUGAUCUGUUUGUUAACUUGGCUUUCAAAUACUUUCGUCGAAAGGCAGGGUAGGAUCGAUAUAGGUCUGUAACAGUUUGGAUCUAGAGUGUCACCCCCUUUGAAGAGGGGGAUGACCGCGGCAGCUUUCCCAUCUCUGGGCAUCUCAGACGAUAUUAAAUAAUCAAUUCAUAAAGUUGCUCAGAAUAUAAACAGCUAUUUUUAGACCACAGUAGUAACACACAAGUUUCUUCAAAACUACUCAGGAGAUGUUUAGCAAGUGCAAAAAAUAAAAACUUCCCCAGCGGAAAAAUAUGUUGGUCACUGUCUCGCACAUGUCAUAAGCCUUGUUUACACCUUGCGCUAACAUGUGGGUUUCCUUAUCUGAUCAUUAUUAUCCAAUCACUAUUUGUCCACAGUGUCCACAUUGUGACCAGAUUUCAUUGUAUGCAAAACAUUUAUUUUUUCAAAAUAAGAUUUAUUUUAAGACAUACUGACGCCAUAAGUCAAUGGUGCCACCUCUCAAUGAUUUUAGAGGGCAGGAUAAUUGAGCCUUACAGAAGAAGAACAAUAUCUCCAUUUGGAAUUAUUUUGAGCAGCUGAUGCAGUUGCAUUUGUAUAAACAAUAUAAAUAAUUUGGAGUUAGAAUGUUACACCACCUGAAAUGACACAACCUCUACUAUCUACUUCUUUGUCUGUUCACAACUCUUGAUGUUACAGUCAUCAGAUAAUGAUAUUUAAAAACAUCACUAAUCUGAAAAUAUAAAAGGCACAACGGCAGAGUCAUGUCUUAAGGUAUAAAACUAACAACGACUCAAUAAUCGAGUCCCCAAAUUAUGGGCGGAGCUAGAAAGUUGGCUGUCAGAAGUAUUACAUUGUAAACUUACUUUUAAUCCGUCUGUCUGCAUAUUUCAAGCAGGGACGGCUUGUUCAAUAGGGCGAUAUGGGCGACGCACUGCCAAACGGGAAAAGGAAGGGAUUUUUUUUCUAAUCAAUUAUAUCACGGCAACAGCAGUUAUCAGUGUUCACGUCUGAUCUGCCAGCCACUAAAUGUCAAAUCAGGCUAAAGUCGUGCUUCAAAUGGCCCCGCCCGUUUUUUGGGCGAUUUCAGUCAGGUUGAAAAUCGCCCAGAAGUCUCUCAUAGCCUGUCAUGUAAAAUCUAUUUUUUUCACAUUUCAAAGCUUUCAAUACAUUCUCUAUGGGUGUCUGUGGGCAUGCACUUACGCGCUUUCGUCAUACGUGACGUAACGUUGAACGUAACUAAGACAAUGGCGGCUAGCAGCGUCUAUGUUGCGACCUGCAGUGUGGCGUUAUUUUAUGUUUUUAAUUUGUAGACUUAGUUUACAAACAUUCUGCAAACAUUCUGCUUUGGACUGAUCUUCGGUUUUGGACUGUUCUUGUUGAUCGUGUACAUACCCGCUACGAACGGACUAAAUAAUGAAAACGCUGCUGGCAGCGGAAUCCCAAUACAGCUGGGAGACUUGGCUGGAUGACAGAGUCCCGGACAGAGAGGUGGAGCCGGCCGGCUUCACCCUGGUCAGAGCGGACCGCGAUCCUGGUAAGAGAGCGACUCUGUACCCCGACAUUGAACUGCUUUCUGUGUCAUUGAACCUUACUAUUGUUGAUAAAACAAGUUUACUGGAGAACGGAGACCAAGUAGAGACUUUUGGACAAGGUGGAUAAUUGUAUAAUAUAAGGCAGUUUAUUCAGAGGUAAAGAUAUCUGGAAUCGCGUGCACGGACCCGUUCGUCAAACUCGUAGGGAGUUUAUCAGAAGAGCCCCUAAACAUUGUGUGCUGACAUUUUAUACAAUAAAAUGAAGUAGGUUGAAUCUAGUAGUUCUGAUCUUCUGAUUGGUCCUGAUGAGUUGGGCGAGGUCACCUCCAGGCUAGUGUCACUGUUGCAUUGGCUCUGAGUCGGGUUCUCUGUCUUCAGAUGUUCAGCCUAAGAGAAGAGGAUUUGUGUGUGUGUGUGUGUGUUUGUUAUCAGUGUGUGUGUGUGUGUGUGUGUGUGUGUGUGUGUGUUUGUUAUCAGUGAUGAUGUGUGUGUGUGUGUGUGUGUGUGUUUAUCAGUGAUGAUGUGUGUGUGUGUGUGUGUGUGUGUGUGUGUGGGUGUGUGUGUGUGUGUCCUCAGGGCAAGAACUCGUGAGUUGGAAGAACUGAGAGACCUAUGGCGUGGGUGUUAUCCUUAGCCACCUGCUGACAAGGCUGACAAGAUAGGACUCUUGUUCAUUGUAUUGAAUACAAAGGCCCAACACAAAAUGGGUCAUGCACAAGAUUUUAGUCAGACCAAGCUAUAACAUUAUAUAUUUACUACGACAGUACAUUCAACCAAAAGCUAAUAUAACAAAGGCAUCAGAGAUUAUUUAUAAUCUGUCACAGAAACUGGAAUCCAUCUCCCCAGAUCAGUCAAUAAAUGCUUCUGGUAUUGACUUAUAUGCUGCCCCUGUCUUCAUGUUGUUGCUGGACAUAUCUUUUUUAAAAUGUGUGUAGGUCACCUAAAUCAUCAGAAAAAUUGCCCCUCCUGAGAAUUUCUUCAGGAGCCGCCACUGAUUUCAAGACAUGGCAUAUGGUGGUGUAGUGAGAUACCCAAUGGGCUGGACGAUUCUCUUCUCCUCACUCAUCUUGAAAAAACGUAUGAAAAUCGUGGAAAUCAAUCAAUCCGCCAUCGGUAACACAAUGGAAAAACCAAAUGAUUUAUUAUUGAAAUAUUUAAAUAGCCUGGGCGACCGAGAAAAACGAAUUGGUACAAUUUAAUGCCACAUGGCAAACAAUAAUGUAGACCAUAGGGAUGGAGCUGGGCAGAUGAGAUGUAGUCGUUGUGUGUGUGUGUCUGUAAGUUGUUGUUCGUAUUUGUAUGUGUAUGUUUGUAUUUGUUGUGAGUAAAAAAAUGUAAUAAUAAAAAUGUAAAAGGCACACACGGUUCUUCGUCUGUAGGGCUCAAUUAUGAUUUAAAUGGUUUUACUGUCUAGAUCUGUCUACACUUGUAAGAAAUCCAGACACAAUGCAUCCCCGACUACCUCUGGAGGUGGUCAGGAAGAUGAGUAUUUUAAUUGUCUACACCAGUCUAAAAAUGUGGGCAAGAUCAGGAACAUCUGGUGCUAACGCAUGUUAGCACCAGAUAUAAACAGGGCUAUAGAUUCAUGUGAACUCAUCAAUCUUUUCCUCUUUCCUUCCAUCUCCAGGGCAGAGGUGGAGUUAUGGGUCCGAUGGGGAUUAUUGGGCCCGAUGGAAGUCCAGUAAGUAUUUCGCCCAUAUCAAUUAAACUAUAUUUAUUUAGGUAAGGCUGCUUGCUAGCCUUCAUCAUUCUGACUGUACACAUAUCUCCUCAGGGCCCUAAAGGAGACAAGGGGAGCCGUGGAGAGAUGGUAGGUAUUUCAGUGCUCAAACCCCCCUAACUACUAUACCUACUCUGGAAUCCAGGCUCAAUUUUAGUAUUGUUUCACUUCAUUGAUUCAGUCUGCUCCAAUAAAGAGGCUUUUGGUCCUCUGGUGAGGCAGCCCUCCUCUGGUGAGGGCCAUUUGGCUCCUAAUAUGAGCUCAUGGUAUUGGCCCAACCUUAUGACAAUUGAUGAGUUUUAACAGAUCAGCAUUGUAUCCAAAAAUCAACAUAGUAGUUACUAUGUAAGAUACUUUUAUACGUCACAUGAACUUACUCAAGCCUUUAUUAAGACUACUGUAAUGGCAGUGUACAAUCUCAAUCUUCCUUAAACUGGGAUGACACUCUCAGUAACAGUUGUACAAAAAUAACUGAAUGCAAACCACGCCCCAAAUAUUCUAAUGAGCCCCGCCGCUACAUUAUCAAGUAGAACAGAAUAAAACGCUCACCCCAUCUAACACAUUAGGGGCCAGUGUGGGCUUCCCCAUUCGGCCAAUGCUAUGUUACCCACCUAACAAUUGGCCCAGCAUAUGCUAGCACAUGUUGGGCUGGUGUGGGCUAGCUAGCCUGUGCUAGGCUGCUGUGGGCCAGCCCAUGUUAGGCUGGUGGGGCUAGCCCUUGUUGGGUGUGGGCUAGCCCGUGCCCACAGAAUACCGAACAGGGCCAAUGCGGUCAUGUUUUUGGGGUAUUGUCCACUUCCAGCUCUGUAGUCUUUUUAAAGGCUUAUGUAAGAGCAUGAGACAAUAAAAAAGCUGUUGUUAAUAUCAAAUGUUGUUGAGUCAACAUUUUCAUUACAAUGUCUAACUGUUUUUCUUAGCAUGUUGUAAAAAAUUAAGAAAAAAUAAGAAGUACCUUUUCCUACCAGGCCCCUAUCAUGUGGAAUAAUCUCCAAGUAACGUUUCAUUUGGAUGUGUUGUUGUCUCUGGGUCAGUUAAGGAGAAAGGCUAGGGAUUUUUAUAUUUCUAAAUGUGUUUGUUUUGUUUGAUUGUUUAUUGUGUAUAUAAUAUUUGCUAUUUAUUUAAUUGUGUGUUUUAAAUUGUGUAUAAUUUUAUUUUGUAUUGUUCCCAGGGCACAUUUGCAAAUGGACCUAGGUCUCAAUGUGUUUUUCCCUGGUUCAAUAAAAGUUAAUAAAAAGGGAUGUAGUGGUACCCUAAAAAAGCAAAUGUGUACCAUUUCUGUAGGUGCACUUUUGUACCUGUGAGAAAGGUGCUAUUUUGUCACCCAAGAGGUACACCUCUUUGAAAGUACAAACUAUAAGGGUAAUAUGAUAUACCUCUGACUAAAGGUAUUAUAUUGACGUACAUUACAGGGUCCCACCUCCGUGACAAGCAGGGUACCCCUACUGUAGGUAAAAAAAAAUCCUGAGUGUACCCAGAAUUUACGUAUUUCUUCUCUUUCCCUCUCUCUCAUCAACAGGGAUUACAAGGACCAACGGUAUGUGUUUGCAUUGCAGGAUGUUUUAAAUAAUUAAACUGAUUUAAAAACACUCCAAUGUUAGGCUGACAAAAGGCAUUUAUAAUUUUACCGGAUUUAGAUGUUUUGUGAUUUUGUUGUUUCACAGGGGCUUCCAGGACCCCCGGGACCUCCAGUAAGUCUUCACCUUUCUAACACAACCUAUCAUACUUUGUUAGUGCGUUAACCUAAUUUGGGUAACACUUUACUUGACACCCAGCGUCAUAACACGUUAUAACCAUGUCAUAAAAGCUGACAUAACUUGUCAUAACCUGUUUUAUAAUAUGGUUAUAACACUGUCAUGACACAUAUUUAGAUCUGUUGUGACAUAUAUUGCAUUAUUUUAUGGCUGGUUAUUAUACCUACAUAAGAGUGUCAAAAUACACAAAACCUGCCACACAAGGAAAAACAUUCCAUUACACCAUAGCCUACGUGUCAACAGUAUGUUUAUGUUGUAUACGUUUUUGGGAAAUGGACCAUAUUAAAUGAUCAUUGUAAUUGCGCACACAUUAUUGUCCGACAUGUAUCUACCCCAAUGCUCUGUUGCUGAUGACUGGGAUGAAUGCAGGAGCAGAUUUCAGGAGCAGGACAAGACACCCUCUUUUUGACUGAUGACUGAUAUAAGGGCAUGUACGAGAUAGGCCUAUCUGGCUUAUAUGAUUAUAAUGGUCAUAAUACUUCUUGACAGUGUCAUAAAGUGUAUUUUCUUAGUCCAAGUAAAUUGACACAGGAUGGCCAAAAUGCUUCAUGACAGUGUCAGAAAGAUUCUUUUCUACAAGUUAUUUAUCGUGUUAUCGUGUGUAUGCAUGUGUCUAUAUUUGCUUCACAGUUCCAUAAGGUGUAUUUUUAUCUGUUUUUUAAAUCUAAUGUUACUGCUUGCAUGAGUUACUUGAUGUGGAAUAGAGUUCCAUGUAGUCAUGGCUCUAUGUAGUACUGUGCGCCUCCCAUAGUCUGUUCUGGACUUGGGGACUGUGAAGAGACCUCUGGUGGCAUGUCUUGUGGGGUAUGCAUGGGUGUCCGAACUGUGUGCCAGUAGUUCAAACAGACAGCUCGGUGCAUUCAACAUGUCAAUACCUAUCACAAAUACAAGUAGUGAUGAAGUCAAUCUCUCCUUCACUUCGAGCAAGGAGAGAUUUACAUUAAUGUUAGCUCUCUGUACAUCCAAGGGCCAGCCGUGCCGCCCUGUUCUGAGCCAAUUACAAUUUUCCUAAGUCCCUCUUUGUGGCACCUGACCACAUGACUGAACAGUAGUCCAGGUGCGACAAAACUGGGGCCUGUAGGACCUGCCUUGUUGAUAGUGCUGUUAAGAAUGCAGAGCAGCGCUUUAUUAUAGACAGACUUCUCCCCAUCCUAGCUACUGUGUUGUAUCAUGACAGUUUACAAUCCAGGGUUUAGUCUCCUCAACUUGCUCAAUUUCCACAUUAUUCAUUACAAGAUUUAGUUGAGGUUUAGGGUUUAGUAAAUGAUUUGUCCCAAAUACAAUGCUUUUAGUUUUUGAAAUAUUGAGGACUAACUUAUUCCUUGCCACCCAUUCUGAAACUAACUGCAGCUCUUUGUUAAGUGUUGCUGUCAUUUCAGUCAUUGUGGUAGCCAGUGGCAUGUCUUUAGUAAAGACUGAAAAAAGUAAGGGUCCUAGACAGUUGCCCUGGGGAAUUCAUGAUUCUACCUGGAUUUUGUUGGAGAGGCUUCCAUUAAAGAACACCCUCUGUGUUCUGUUAGACAGGUAACUCUUUAUCCACAAUCUUGUCUAACAAAACAGCCCCCACAAUCUUGUUAUCAUCAAUUUCUCUCAGCCAAUCAUCAGUGAUUUGUGUAAGUGUUGUGCUUGUUGAAUGUCCUUCCCUAUAAGCGUGCUGAAAGUCUGUUGUCAAUUUGUUUACUGUAAAAUAGCAUUGUACCUGGUCAAACACCAUUUUUUCCAAAGGUUUACUAAGGGUUGGUAACAGGCUGAUUGGUCUGCUAUUUGAGCCAGUAAAGGCAAGCGCGCUGAUAACGAUUAUUCUCCUUUUUUCUGGUUCCGACACGCAUCCAUUUACGCUCACCUGGAGUCUAACAAUAUUAUGACAUGGUGAUAACGUUUUAUGACACUGGGUGUCAAGUAACGUUUUACCCUAAUUUGCUCUCAAAUUCAGUUUUGAAGGGCUCCAGUUUUUCAUAAAAACAGCUUAGUUCACAGUGCAUUCUCAAAACUCCCUGCUCUUAGCAUGUUGGAAAGUAGCAUCACGUGCCACUAUUGUGACUGAUCAUUUUUUUAUCACACACGAAAGCUGUUUAUAUACACACAAAAAAAGGGAAUAUUGUGCCAAAGGUACAUUGUGGACGCAGAACAACCUAAGGAAACUUCCAACCGAACAAUUCGGAUGGGACGAAUCAAGGACUACAUAGCAUGUUUAGUCCUUCAUAAGGGCUAAUUUCUUGAUAGUUCCUGCAAUCCUACUGUGAUGGAGCCAUACUCCAUCUGUGUUACUUAGGUGAUCUAUAGCGUUAUUCCUCCUGACUGGUUGUUCUAUUUUUUCUCUAGGGUCCUCCUGGUGUCCCUCUGUCAUUUGUAAGUUAUUGUUAUUGUUAUCUCUUCAAUACACUAAAUACACUAGACUUUUCCACAAAACAUUAGCUACUGUGACUAUGGCCAUAAUCAACUAUGUGACUAUUGAGUAUGGUCAUCACUACAGCACCAAACAUGUUGGGUUCCUAUACAGUACGUCCUAUAACAGUGUUAUGUUACAGUAUGUUGUCUGUGCCAUUUUCUUAUUCAGAAACAGGACGGUUCCCUUCAGGUGUUUAUAGACUCAAACACCCCACUCAGGACUGAGGUCAGUACCAUCAGACAGUCAAUAAGCUGUGUACAUAGCCAUUUAUUCUCAUGUAUAAUCAACCAUUCAUGUUUUUUGAUUUACUGCUGCAUGAAUGCAAAUUCAUUUCUCUCUCUCUGUCUAUCUCUGUGUAGAAUUGGCCAGUUAUGGACCUGCCUAUGCUGGACCAGGUUACAGAGAUCAUUAAGACCCUCCACUACCUCAGUAACCUGAUCCAGAGCCUGAAAAAUCCACUGGGCACCAGGGACAAUCCCGCCCGCAUUUGCAGGGACCUCCACAGCUGUGAACAGAAAAUGAACGAUGGUGAGAGGACAGAUACUGUAGUGUUUGUGCUUGCUUGCUUGCUUGCUUGCUUGCUUGCAUGCAUGCAUGCAUGUACUGUAUGUGCACACAAGAGCGAGAAGAAGUAUGGGAAAGAGUGUGCUUAGUGACUGACUCUUUUCUCUCCCUAGGCACUUAUUGGAUUGACCCAAACCGGGGCUACUCCUCAGAUACAAUAGAGGUCACCUGUAACUUUACAGGAGGAGGGCAGACCUGCCUAAAACCUGUCACAGUGUCAAAGGUACUGCAGACCUCACCGGUCAUACAUCACCAGUCAUACACCAGUCAUACUACAACCAGUCACACUGAAUAUAUGAUACCGCAGUAUUUAAUGAAUAGUAGCUAGGUUUCCAUUCAAUUGGCAACAGAGUUUCAAAUCAAAUCAAAUGUUAUUUGUCACAUGCGCCGAAUACAACAGGUGUAGACCUUACCGUGAAAUGCGGUCUGAUGCCGAGCAGUUGUCAUACCAAGCGGUGAUGCAACCAGUCAGGAUGCUCUCGAUGGUGCAGCUGUAGAACUUUUUGAGGAUCUGAGGACCAUGCCAAAUCUUUUCAGUCUCCUGAGGGGGAAUAGGCGUUGUCGUGCCCUCUUCACGACUGUAUUGGUGUGUUUGGAACAUGAUUGUUUGUUAGUGAUGUGGACACCAAGGAACUUUAAGCUCUCGACCCGCUCCACUACAGCCCCGUCGAUGUCAAUGGGGGCGUGAUCGGCCAUCCUGUUUAGUCCAGGGGCCACGAUCAGCUCUUUUGCUCACGUUGAGGGAGAGGUUGUUGUCCUGGCACCACACUGCCAGGUAUCUGACCUCCUCCCAAUCGGCUGUCUCUUCGUUGUCGGUGAUCAGGACACUGUUGUGUCGUUGGCAAACUUAAUGAUGGUGUUGGAGUCGUGCGUGGCCACGCAGUCGUGGGUGAACAGGGAGUACAUGAAGGGACUAAGCACGCACCCCUGAGGGGCCCACGUGUUGAGGAUAAGCGUGGCAGAUGUUGUUGUUAGCUACCGUUACCACCUGGGGGCGGCCUUCAGGAGGUCCAGCAUCCAGUUGCAGAGGGAGGUGUUUAGUCCCAGGGUCCUUAGCUUAGUGAUGAGCUUUUAGGGCACUAUAGUGUUAAAUGCUGAUCUGUAGUUAACGAACAGCAUUCUCACGUACAGUGGGGAGAACAAGUAUUUGAUACACUGCCGAUUUUGCAGCUUUUUCUACUUACAAAGCAUGUAGAGGUCUGUAAUUUUUAUCAUAGGUACACUUCAACUGUGAGAGACGGAAUCUAAAACAAAAAUCCAGAAAAUCACAUUGUAUGAUUUUUAAGUAAUUAAUUUGCAUUUUAUUGCAUGACAUAAGUAUUUGAUCACCUACCAACCAGUAAGAAUUCCGGCUCUCACAGACCUGUUCGUUUUUCUUUAAGAAGCCCUCCUGUUCUCCACUCAUUACCUGUAUUAACUACACCUGUUUGAACACGUUACCUGUAUAAAAGACACCUGUCCACACACUCAAUCAAACAGACUCCAACCUCUCCACAAUGGCCAAGACCAGAGAGCUGUGUAAGGACAUCAGGGAUAAAAUUGUAGACGUGCACAAGGCUGGGAUGGGCUACAGGACAAUAGGCAAGCAGCUUGGUGAGAAGGCAACAACUGUUGGCGAAAUUAUUAGAAAAUGGAAGAAGUUCAAGAUGACGUUCAAUCACCCUCGGACUGGGGCUCCAUGCAAGAUCUCACCUUGUGGGGCAUCAAUGAUCAUGAGGAAGGUGAGGGAUCAGCCCAGAACUAUACGGCAGGACCUGGUCAAUGACCUGAAGAGAGCUGGGACCACAGUCUCAAAGAAAACCAUUAGUAACACACUACGCCAUCAUGGAUUAAAAUCCUGCAGCACACGCAAGGUCCCCCUGCUCAAGCCAGUGCAUGUCCAGGCCCGUCUGAAGUUUGCCUAUGACCAUCUGGAUGUUCCAGAGGAGGAAUGGGAGAAGGUCAUGUGGUCUGAUGAGACAAAAAUAUAGCUUUUUGGUCUAAACUCCACUCGCCGUGUUUGGAGGAAGAAGAAGGAUGAGUACAACCACAAGAACACCAUCCCAACCGUGAAGAAUGGAGGUGGAAACAUCAUUCUUUGGGGAUGCUUUUCUGCAAAGGGGACAGGACGACUGCACCGUAUUGAGGGGAGGAUGGACUGGGCCAUGUAUCGCGAGAUCUUGGCCAACAACCUCCUUCCCUCAGUAAUAGCAUUGAAGAUGGGUCGUGGCUGGGUCUUCCAGCAUGACAACGACCCGAAACACACAGCCAGGGCAACUAAGGAGUGGCUCCGUAAGAAGCAUCUCAAGGUCCUGGAGUGGCCUAGCCAGUCUCCAGACCUGAACCCAAUAGAAAAUCUUUGGAGGGAGCUGAAAGUCCAUAUUGCCCAGCGACAGCCCCGAAACCUGAAGGAUCUGGAGAAGGUCUGUAUGGAGGAGUGGGCCAAAAUCCCUGCUGCAAAACCCUGCUGCAGUGUGUGCAAACCUGGUCAAGACCUACAGGAAACAUAUGAUCUCUGUAAUUGGAAACAAAGGUUUCUGUACCAAAUAUUAAGUUCUGCUUUUCUGAUGUAUCAAAUACUUAUGUCAUGCAAUAAAAUGCAAAUUAAUUACUUAAAAAUCAUACAAUGUGAUUUUCUGGAUUUUUUCACAGUUGAAGUGUACCUAUGAUAAAAAUUACAGACCUCUACAUGCUUUGUAAGUAGGAAAACCUGCAAAAUCGGCAGUGUAUCAAAUACUUGUUCUCCCCACUGUAGGUGUUCCUUUCGUCCAGGUGGGAAAGGGAAUAGUCUAAAAUCCACAUGAAAACAAUAUGCAUAUUUUCCCACCAAAGAUGUGUUUCCAUCAAAUUUACUUGUUGCAGAUAAAAAGUUGUGCGUAAUGACGUAGUGCACAUAAAAAUACAUUUUAAAUGGGUUUCCAUCGCAUUUUUUUUAUUAUUAUUUUUUUUUUUAUGUUGCCUUAUAUAGCGAAUGUGCCCACUCUCAUAUUGGCACGUGCACUCUAGCCAGUUUACAUUAUGAUAUUAUUAUGGACAAAAGAGCGAGAUAAAAAAUGUUUUCAAACGCCAGCCAAGCAUCGAUGAUCAUGUCACCAGAAUAAGACCCUCACUAUUUAUUGGAAAGGAGCAUCAUUGAGCUCAUCACCUUGCACUUUCACCACCCUGUGAAGUUCAACAUAAUUUAUUUAAUCUGUAGCCUAAUAAACUGCAUGUUUUCCCGACUAGUCGUCGUGUGGAGGACCACACAACAUGUUAUUGUGUGACUCCAAGUGUACUUCGAUAUGAUGGUUAUUAUAUCAAUAUUUGCUCAUAAAAGCAUUUCCAACAUUUCUCGGAUAAUACAUUUUACCGGCACAAAAAUAUCCCACCUUGUCUAGCGUACUUUUUUUGUCAACAUUUUUAUGUUAUUUUAGCUUUUUUGGGGGAGGGGGCAAAUAUAUUGAGACCUAGGUCUCUUUUACAAACGUGCCCUGUAUAUACACAACAUAAAUAUAUACAUACAUUAUAUCCAAACAUAUACACAUAAAAAUACAAAGAUACAGUCAUGGAAAGCACAAAUAAGACAUCACAAAUCAUCCAGAAAAACAGUUACAUUCCUCCACAAAUAAGUCCCCAAUCAAUACUUGAAAUUGCCUGAACAGCACCAGAACAUCAAGAUUAAAUGUAUUUAGAAUUUUUGUUCAGCAAUUUGGUGUAUUAAAACUAAAAACAGAUUUACCUAGCUCGGUGGAGAACCUAGGAACCUCAAAAGUUAACCAAUCCCGUGAACGGGUUAGGCAACUCAGGAUUCUAUACCUGACGGAAGUUUAUGAAGUAGCGGCUUGUAAACAAAAAGGGAAAGUUUACAGACAUUGUUUUCAUCAGGCCUGCCAUUACAUUUUUUAUCCAACAUGUACUUUACUCGCAUAAAAAGGUUAGAUGGAAACCUGGUUAGUGGGACAAAAAUGUUUUACCAUGUUGCUCGCUCCACUAACUUAGCCAUUUAUCAGUACAAAGAUUUCUUCACUGAUAAGCACUGUCCCAUUCUCACCUAUUUAAUAAUAAUAAUUAUUUAUUUGUUAGGGACAGGUACAAAUAAAACAUUGACACAUUGAAGUAUCAACAUAUGCAUUGCACCAUUAUGCUUUAGCUUGCCCUAAUUUGAAAAAUGAAUCAAUAGAUGUGCUUUAAAAUAAGUGAAAAAGAAAAGACAACAAAAUGAAUAAACAAAACAUGUUACAAAAUAAUCACACAUGGUAGCAUUCUUGAUGUUCUUUAAACCAGCUUGUCACUUUCUUUGUGAAUUCAUGUUUUUCAUAUUGGAACACUAUAGUAACCAUUUGCUGCUCCCCGAGAAUGUGAGCCUAUAGACUGUAGUGUAGUCACUUGUUUAUAUCGGGGCUGUGGAGCAAGUCCAUGCAAACAUUUGAACAGAAACUUAACAUUAGCAAAUGUAAAAAAAAAAAUUCUACCUACAUUAAAAAAAAACACCCAUACGUAAAAUGUAUGCAGGCAUGAAUGUAAGUCGCUUUGGAUAAAAGUGUCUGGCAAAUGGCAUAUAUAUUUAUAUAUUAUGAUAUAUUGUAAUAUUUGUUUUGAGCAACUUUCAUCCUCUUUAUUGGCAAUGCAGCUGGAGAUUAGUGUUGGGCACGUCCAGAUGAACUUCCUGCAUAUCUUGAGCUCAGAGGCGGUGCAGCAUGUGACCAUCCACUGCCUGAACGUACCUAUCUGGAGGACCUCUGAGGACCAGCCUCCUUCACAGGGGGCUGUGCAUUUCAGGGCAUGGAGCGGGGAGAUCAUUGAGGCAGGUGGAGAGAUGGAGCCUCACGUCAUCGAGGACUCCUGUUGGGUACGGCUGCCAUGUUCUCUCAGUGAAGUGUACUCUCUGAGCUUGAGGUAG